AUGUCUCAAGUUCAAAGUUCCGGAUUGGCCGACCUUGAAAAAGAGCUGAUUUGUACCGAGCUCCUUUACCAACCCCUCACUCUCCUCGACUGCCUCCACACUUUCUGCGGCUCAUGUGUGAAAGAAUGGUUCACUGCGCAAGGGUCGCGUCGCCCCCGCGCCUCAUCUCGUUUCACCUGCCCGUCCUGUCGUGCUGAAGUGCGCGACACCCGCCCAAAUGCCACCGUGACGACCCUGCUGGACAUGGUCUUGACCGCACAACCAGAUCGAGCCAGAGCGGCAGAUGAAAAGGCAGAAAUUGCCACUCGGUACACACACGGCGAGUCGGUUUUCCCAGCACUUCCUUCGGGCGGGGAGAGUGGGGAGGAGGAUGGCGAGGACGAUAGACGACUUCUGGACGAGGUACGCGAGCUGAGUCUACGCGAAAGCCGGUCACAAGCUAGGCGGGAGGCCCGUAGGACGGGUCAAUCUUCACGGACGCGUGAGCGGAGUAGCCAUACGGAGAGGCCUGCAGAGGACGGCCGCUCAAGGCGUCGGAGAGAUGAUGAUACGACGCGGCAGCAUCGCACAUUACGACCCGAUGAUUCGGAGCGUACGCGACGGGUCGAGCACCAAUCCAGUCUACGGUCAUUGCUGAGUUUGUCUUCUGAUGCGGAGACUAUGGAGGCAGAGAUCUUGCGGCAAAUUCUCGAGGAUGGAUUACUGGACAACAUCAACCUUGAUAACCUUGGGCCAAGGCAAGAAGAGGAACUCAGUGAACGUAUCGCGGACGCUUACCGUCGGAGGCAUAUGCAAAGAUCGCAGUCUCGUCGGCGACAUGAGCCUGACGGACCUACGCGGACGCAUGCAAGGUCCGAGUCCGCCCAUAGGACUGCGGAACCAACGGCGGCUACCCGAGAACAUCAUGUUAGACGACCGCCAGUUUCCAGACCUCAUCUGUUCGGUCCAGCUCCCGCGCGGCCGAUUAUAGGCCAUCAAAGACGCAAUUCAGAACAAGUGGGUGGGCGCCGAAGGACCUCGCCCGUCCGAGCAAAUCAGGCGUCUGCGUCAGAUGAUGCUAUAAGGCCUGCUGCCCGAUCUUCGAGUGAUAUUACUGCGGAUCGCCCUGUUUCUCAGGCUGGGCGCGUACGAUCAGAGUCAUCAUCGGCCAGGACGCGACGUGCCACGGAGUCUGAACAGAAUCUCUCUAGCACAUUAUCCGUCGGAGGACGAGAACGAAGCUCUUCUAGGCAGACUAGGAGUCAAUCAGCCACGAACUCUCCCACUUCUAGCGCUGCACCUUCAAAUGCGUCCCGCCAUACGGCCCACGCGGAUCACGCCCUUUCGUCGUUGUCCUCGCCCCUUGUUCCAGGCCGAUCAGACAGACGAACAAGACCAUCUUCGUCCCGCUCCAAUGUUCCUGCAUCUCCCACUGUACAAUUCCCGGAGCCGUCUAUCUCCUGUGACCGUUGCGAGAAGGACAACAUCCAAUAUGAUCUAUACAAGAGAUGCACAAGUUGCAAGGAAGGAAACUUCCACCUGUGUCUACGAUGUUACCGUUUGGGUCGUGGCUGUCUUCAAUGGAGCGGAUUUAGGGCAUCCGCACAUACCACCUUUCAAAGAAUCAUAUCGUCGUCUACUCGACGCCCUAUACAUAUUAAUGACCCAGGCCAUAUCUUAAUGUGGUUCAAAUAUCAGCGGCCCUCCGAGACUGCCCAUCGAAUGAUGAGCGGAGAAAGACAAAUGACCAGCGACAAUCCAGUACGCCGGCUACAAAGCGGUCUCUUUUGUGAUGCGUGUCAAUCGUCGACGAACGACUGUUUUUGGAAAUGCAACCAGUGCAACGAGGGAGACUGGGGUUUCUGCAACUCCUGCGUUAACCAAGGACGAUGCUGCACGCACGCCCUGUUGCCCAUCCGGCGCAUUACCCGUAGCCCACCUCCGUCAGCACCAUCUACUACGCCGCCACCAGCCGAAUCAAAUACUCUUCCCACAUCCGAGAUGGAGAGCUUCAAAAUUCUCUCAUUCUCAACAAACUGCGACAUCUGCACCUACCCGAUCCCAGCCUCAAAUACCCGCUAUCAUUGUCUGGAAUGCAAUGGUGGUGAUUACGAUGUCUGUACAAACUGCUACCUCAAACUCGUGGCAACGGGCAAAAUCAACAAAGAGAACGGACACAACGGAUGGCGCCGCUGUCUCGCCGGCCACCGUAUGAUAGUAGUCGGAUUCGAAGACCACGAAGAAGGCCAGCGUCGCGUCGUUGUCCGCGACCUUGUGGGUGGCCGCGCCCUGAAAGACGAACACGUAGCACAAUCACAAACUUCCUCCCCAGGAACAGGUGGCCCAGUCGCAUCCCCGGAGCUAGGAACCGGUGACUGGACCUGGAAGGAUGGCCCCGAGCGCCGUAAGAAAGCAUCCCGUCUGCGUGCCGGGCCUGCUGCCACGAACGAUACCAGCAGAAGUACUGUCUCUGCUUCUGAUCCCUCAAGCCCACCCCUUUCCAGUUCCACCGCAACUCCCAUUCAGGGUAUUCCGCCCUUCCGCCGGUUCCCGCCUGACGGUGGUGUCGGUCUCAUUGUCCACGCUCUGUGGUCCUGGUACCCAGAAGAAGAAGUUUCAGACGAGCUUGUCUUCCCGCGCGGUGCACAUAUUACCGAGGCAGAGAAUAUCAACGAUGACUGGUUCUGGGGAUGCUAUGCUGGUCGGACGGGACUGUUCCCUGGUUCGCAUGUUCAAUUCGUCCGGGAGGUCCUUAGAUAA